CUCACUUUCUUAGCUUAGCCAUGGCUACUUCUCUUUCAUUUCCAACCAAAUUUUCUCUGCAUCCAAACAGCUCUGUCUUCGUAUUCCAAUCCCCAAACGGACCAAAAAGAAUCCGUUUUCCCAAGAAAAUUAAUAAAGUUUUAUGCUCAGCCACAGAACAACCAAAGCAGCAACAACAAAAACAACAACGGUGGCAAACAAACAAGAAGAAAAAAAGUGAUUCUGACGCAGAAAAAGGGAUUGACCCAGUUGGAUUUCUCACCAAAACCGGCAUUUCCCAUAGACAGUUUGCUCAGUUCCUUCGUGAAAGACACAAAGCAUUGAAAGACCUGAAAGAUGAAAUAUUCAAUCGUCACGUUAAUCUCAGGGAUUUGGCUUCUGGAUUUGAGAUACUGGGUAUGCAUCGCCAUCCGGAGCAUCGAGUUGAUUAUAUGGAAUGGGCUCCUGGUGCUCGGUAUUGUGCACUGGUCGGUGACUUCAAUGGCUGGUCACAAACAGAUAAUGCAGCAAGAGAGGGUCACCUUGGGCAUGAUGAUUAUGGAUACUGGUUCAUUAUUCUUGAAGAUAAACUAAGGGAGGGAGAAAAUCCAGAUGAACUAUAUUUUCAGCAGUAUAACUAUGUGGAAGACUAUGAUAAAGGUGAUAGUGGUGUUCCAAUUGAAGAAAUAUUUAAGAAAGCGAAUGAUGAGUACUGGGAACCUGGGGAGGACCGGUUUUUGAACCACCGUUUUGAAGUACCGGCAAAGUUAUAUGAGCAAAUAUUUGGCCCUAAUGGGCCUCAAACCUUAGAAGAAUUGGGAGAAAUACCAGAUGCAGAGACGAGAUAUAAAGAAUGGAAAGAACAGCAUAAGGAUGACCCACCAAGUAAUUCACCUUGUUAUGAUGUGAUUGACAAUGGAAAGGAGUAUGACAUUUUCAAUGUUGUUGUUGAUCCUGUAUCCCGAGAGAAAUUUAAAUCAAAGAAGCCUCCCUUGGCUUACUGGUUUGAGACGCGUAAAGGAAGGAAGGCAUGGUUGAAAAAGUACACUCCGGGUAUUCCUCAUGGAAGUAAAUACAGGGUCUAUUUCAACACUCCCAAUGGACCAUUGGAACGAGUUCCCGCUUGGGCUACUUAUGUUCAACCCGAAGGAAAUCAAGCUUUUGCAAUCCACUGGGAACCACCUCCAGAAGACGCAUACAAAUGGAGAAACACAAGUCCAAAAGUGCCGAAAUCAUUGCGGAUAUAUGAAUGUCAUGUUGGAAUAAGUGGAUCAGAGCCAAAAAUAUCUACUUUCAAUGAUUUUACAGAGAAGGUCCUUCCUCAUGUAAAGGAAGCUGGAUAUAAUGCAAUCCAGUUUAUUGGAGUUGUUGAGCACAAAGAUUAUUUCACUGUUGGCUACAGAGUCACUAAUCAUUAUGCCGUUAGCAGCCGAUUUGGAACUCCUGAUGACUUCAAGCGGUUGGUUGAUGAAGCACAUGGACUUGGACUGCUGGUUUUCUUAGAUAUCGUCCAUUCGUACUCAGCUGCGGAUGAGAUGGUUGGGUUAUCACUAUUUGAUGGGUCAAAUGACUGCUACUUUCAUACUGGUAAAAGAGGGCACCACAAGUACUGGGGCACCAGGAUGCUCAAAUACGGAGAUCUCGAUGUUCUACAUUUCCUUCUCUCAAAUUUGAAUUGGUGGGUUGUGGAGUAUCAAAUCGAUGGUUUCCAGUUCCAUUCACUGUCGUCAAUGAUGUAUACACACAAUGGUUUCGCUUCUUUUACGGGUGAUUUGGAAGAGUACUGUAAUCAAUCUGUAGACAGGGAAGCCCUGUUAUAUCUCAUUUUGGCAAAUGAAAUUCUGCAUGGUCUCCACCCGAAUAUUAUCACGAUUGCUGAAGAUGCAACCUAUUAUCCUGGUCUAUGUGAGCCAACCUCUCAAGGUGGAUUGGGAUUUGAUUAUUAUGUCAAUCUGUCUGUGCCAGAUAUGUGGUCAUCUUUUCUUCAGAAUGUGCCAGACCAUGAGUGGAGCAUGAGUAAGAUUGUGAGCACAUUAACGGGCAAUAAACAAUACACCGAUAAGAUGCUUGUUUAUGCUGAAAAUCACAACCAGUCAAUUUCUGGAGGGCACUCAUUUGCAGAGAUAUUACUUGGUGAGAUAAUGAAGGAUUCUGAUGCUACAAAAGAAUCAUUGCUUAGAGGGUGUUCUUUACUUAAGAUGAUCAGAUUAAUUACAUUCACAAUUGGUGGCCGUGCCUACCUCAAUUUCAUGGGCAAUGAAUUUGGGCAUCCGGAGAGGGUCGAAUUCCCAAUGUCGAGCAACAAUUUCUCAUUCUCACUAGCCAAUCGUCGGUGGGAUCUUUUAGCAAAGGAAGGAGUACAUCGCAAUUUAUUUAUCUUUGAUAAGGACUUGAUGAACUUGGAUGAAAAGGGAAGAAUACUUUCAGGAGUUCAACCAAACAUUCAUCAUGUAAAUGACACUACAAAGGUAAUAGCGUACAUGAGAGGUCCACUUCUCUUUAUAUUUAACUUUCAUCCAACAGAUUCUUAUGAAGGAUACGGAGUAGGUGUAGAAGAAGCUGGAGAAUAUCAACUUAUUCUAAACACGGAUGAGGUAGAGUAUGGAGGUCAAGGGCUUGUAAAGGAACAUCAACAUACUAGGAAAACUUUUAGUAAAAGAGUUGAUGCGCUCAGACACUGCUUGGAAGUGCCUUUACCUAGUAGGACUGCCCAGGUUUAUAAAUUGACGCGCAUUUUGAGAAUAUGAGCCAUGUUUAAGUGCAGAGGUAAAUUGGACCUAGUAUUCCAAGACUGUAAGCUGGAACCAAGAAUUACUUCAACUUCAAAACAAUAUUACUCCAUCCAAACCAAGCUUCCAAUCUCAAAAUGGUUUGUUUUUACUUCACGGAGGGUUUAGGAGGGCUAGACCUUAUUCCAAUCUCAAAAGACAUGGAUGUGUUGUGAUGAAGCAAGAAGGUCCAUAUUGGAGGUUUGUACGGGAAUACUCUUUGGUGAUGAUUAUAAACUGUAAUUAAAAGACAAUAAUAAUGGAUUAAAAGAAAAUUAGAAAAUAGACAUAAAUAAAGAGUCGCGAUCUUAGGCCUCUGAAAUGAACGAGGCCUUACUCUCUACAUAAUGUUGCAUAUCAUAGGUGCGAUCGAAGGCUAAGUUGGCAUGUGCUUCCAACUCUUGAAAUCCUUAAAGAACAAUAAUCUAGCUCAGACUUUGUCUGUAUUUCCAUAUCAUGAAAUUAAAAACUCAAGAUACCAACGCUCUCGUAAAGACAAUAAAUAGUAUCUUCUUCACGAGAGGAUGAAGA